AUGGAGCUGGCGGGGGACCGGUACCUGGGGGGCGUCAUGCGCGGCAGGAUGGAAGGGUUCGGCCGCUACACGCUGCCGUCGGGCGCCGAGUACCGGGGCUCGCUGUGGGACGGGAUGUUCCACGGGAAGGGCGAGCUGCAGCGCCCCAGGGGCGGCGGACAGCGGGCGCUCUGGAUCCGCGGGGUGCCCACGCAGGGGAAAUACACUUUUGCAGAUGGUCUCGAAUAUGACGAGGAAAAAUGGCGUUACUGCGAUGGCUACGACAGAAGAUUUUAUACAGAAAUCUGUUCUGGUUUUAAACCACCAGGCAUUCCUCAACUUACAAAUCUGGAUCCUCCCAAAAUAAUCCCAGAAGGUUGUUAUGACACUGGGGAUGGAUUCUAUAACCCCAAAACCAGAGUAGUUGUUGACUACAAAUGCAAGUUUCUGAGAAAUACAGUUUUUCUAGGAAACAGAACAUUUCAUUUUCAGUGUGCUACAGUUUAACAAUUUUGUUGCUUGGAAACUCCGUUUUUCAGCAAAUUUACUAUUUGUUGUAAAAAAAUUCUGCUCUGCUCUACUUUCAAGAGCUUUUACAAUGAUGAGCAUGAAUGGAUCCUUCGGACCUGCCGGAAAGCCUGGGAUAUAACAACUGAGGACGAACCCAAACCAUCAAACAGUUUUUCCUAG